UAUAAAUAACAGCAGGCUAGCCUAGCUUCGUUAGCUUUACCCUUUACCUAGCUAACUCUGGAACUUCUCUCACAUCCAUCUUCCUCCUCUGUUCAAUAGCGCACGCCACGAACACACUUGGUAUACAUACACCGGCCGGGAGUUCAUCAUACAGACACCGCCCCGAGUGAGUUGCAGGAGGGUUGGACGGGUGGAGUUGGAGUAGCUGGCCCGCCCGCCGCCGGCCUGAUACACAUCGUCGGCGACUCGGCUCCGGCCGGCCGGAUCGAUCAAGUUGAUGGGGAAGAUGGUGGGCAAGAGCUUGCAGGAGUCGAGGCUGCUGUGGCACAUCGCGUUCCCGGCGAUCCUCACCGCCGUGUUCCAGUUCUCCAUCGGCUUCGUCACCGUCGGCUUCGUGGGCCACAUCGGCGAGGUCGAGCUCGCCGCCGUCACCGUCGUCGAGAACGUCAUCGAGGGCUUCGCCUACGGUGUCCUGCUUGGCAUGGGCAGCGCGCUGGAGACACUGUGUGGGCAGGCGGUGGGCGCGGGGCAGGUGGACAUGUUGGGCAUCUACAUCCAGCGCUCCUGGAUCAUCUGCGGCGCCACCGCGCUGGUGCUCGCGCCAACCUACGUCUUCGCGGCGCCCAUCCUCCGCGCGCUCCACCAGCCCGCCGCCAUGUCCGCCGUCGCGGGGCGCUACACACGGUGGGUCGUCCCGCAGCUGUUCGCUUACGCCGCCAAUUUCCCGCUGCAAAAGUUCUUCCAGGCGCAGAGCAAGGUCUGGGCCAUGACCUUCAUCUCCGGCGUCGUCCUCGCCCUCCACGUCGUGCUCAACUACGUGUUCGUCACGCGCCUCGGCCACGGCCUCUUCGGCGCCGCCAUGAUCGGCAACGUCACCUGGUGGAUCAUCAUCCUCGCGCAGUUCGCCUACCUCGUCUCCGGCUGCUUCCCCGAGGCGUGGAAGGGGUUCUCGAUGCUCGCCUUCAGCAACCUUGCCGCCUUCGUCAGGCUCUCCCUCGCCUCCGCCGUUAUGCUCUGCUUGGAGCUUUGGUACUACACUGCAGUGCUCAUCCUUGUGGGUCUCCUGAAGAAUGCUCAACUCGAGGUUGACAUCAUGUCAGUCUGCAUCAACUACCAGCUCUGGACCCUGAUGGUUGCACUUGGCUUCAAUGCAGCAGUGAGCGUUAGGGUGUCGAACGAGCUGGGCGCGAACAGGCCGAAGGCAGCCAGGUUCUCAGUGAUCAUGGCAGUGUCGACGUCUGCCGCCAUCGGGGCGGUCUUCUUGGCCGUGUUCCUCGCCUGGAGGACCGAGUUGCCACGCUUCUUCAGCGACAACGAAGAGGUGGUGAGCGAGGCUGCAAAGCUCGGCUAUCUUCUUGCAGCAACCAUCUUCCUCAACAGCAUCCAGCCUGUGCUCUCAGGUGUGGCGAUAGGAGCAGGGUGGCAGACGCUUGUUGCCAUCAUAAACAUUGGGUGCUACUACUUGGUUGGCAUCCCACUGGGGGUCCUCUUUGGCUUCAAGCUUAGACAUGGUGCAUUGGGGAUUUGGGUGGGCAUGUCCAUUGGCACGCUGCUGCAGACUGCUGUACUUCUCAUAAUUUGCUUCAGAACCAAGUGGGAGAAACAGGCUAUGUUGGCCGAAGAGAGGAUAAGGGAGUGGGGAGGAAGCAGUGAAACAUUGCCGGCGGCGACGAACGGUAGCAUACAUAGAUGAUCAGAUGGUUCCUUCAUGCAGAUUGGACAAUGAUAAUAUGUACAUGGAAAACACAUAUAGGUAGAUUGUAUAGAACUAAUUAACAUCCACAGACUGAGAUUGAUCCGGUGUACCUCGGCUUUGCGGCAAUGUUGCUUGGGACCAUGGUCCAUCCGAACCCACGCUCAAAACCACUCAUCUGAAGGCACCGCGUCUGGGGAUAUGUGCAUGGUUGGUAAAGUAUUGCAUGGCGGGAAUAGUUUAGGAAGAUGGAGGGAACAGUUUGGUGAGGGUUAGAAGCACUACAUGUGCUAAUAAUCCUAUUUGAUGCUAUUAGCUAAUAAAAUAGUGAUGUUACAUCGGGCAA